GUAUCACUCUGACUUAUUAUUUCGGUGCGCAAAGUCGAAGGAAUACACACGACGUAUCACACGCAAAUAACGGACACAAAGCGGAAGUCGCUCGUCGACAAAUUAAUAAAAACGUCGACUAUAAAGACAAAGCUCUUUCUUAGUUUAUGAAUCUUACCGAGACUAUUAUUGUUGGCAGCUAUAUGAGGCUUGAGAUUUUCCAGAGCGCCGAAACUCGAAAAGUUGCAAGGCGAGACAGGAAGACAGGAAGCACGUGGAAGACGAGCCUGUCGAGACAAAGACGAUUCACCAAAAGACAGAUAACGGAGUUGUUCUUCGAGAAUUGCAUCGAUUGUGAAAAAAUGGCUGCUGUUCCGCAAAGUGCUUUCGCAGUGCGCAAAGUUCGUUGUAACAACGAGCGCGCUGUUUCAAUGUCCGUGAAAGGGGAGAAAGGAAAGAACGAAGAGAAGAAGGAAAAUAUCUUUAAUUCCCGGCCUCAUUUAGAAGGCUGGGAGCUGACGCCGCUCAAGUACAACAGCAAGCUGAUGAAUAGUAUUUGGGGUCUAUACAACCGCUACUCUGUCCACAACUUCAAGAAGAACACCGAUGCCGAGGAGGGGGCCCGCGACGGGGUGGCCGCGGCGAUCUGGGGCGCGAUUCUGGAGAAUCGUCCCCCGGCCGCCAAUGCCGUUGCUACCACCAUCGCGGAUGGCCCCCAAAUUAUGAGGACCCGAAGUAGCCUCUAAACAUAAUGUGGCCACUUGAAUGUGAAAAAUCGCUUAAAGAUAAUAAUCGACAAGUGAUCAUUAUUGUAAUACAAUAAAAAAUAAAUAAAUAAGCAAAAUAUUAC